UACAGUAAUGCUAAUCAUUUAGUGGGUGUCAGGGACGUUCGUAAUUUUAUCUCUGAUGACACCUUUUUAGUUAGAGAUAGUAAUAGGAAUAUUUAUUCCAUAUAUUUUGAUAUUACUAAUCAAAUUUUUGAGAUUGACAAUGAUCCUUCUUUACUGAGUGAACGAGAAAGUUCUUUUUUUAGUUAUUGGACUUAUGCUUAUCUGAAGAAUGGAUCGAAGAAUGACGAUCCGCCCUGUGAUCAUUCCAUGUAUGAUACUAAAUACAGUUGGAAUAAUCACAUUACUAGGUGCAUUAACUCUUAUCUUGGUUCUCAAAUUUGUAUUGAGAGUUCCUUUUUAAGUAGUAGUGACAAUUCCAGUGACAGUUACAUUUAUAGUUCCAUUUAUGGUGAAAGUAGAAAUAGUGGGAGCUCCAGUAUAAGAACUAGCAGGAAUGGUAUUGAUUUCACUCGAAGAGAAAAUUCUACUGAUUUCGAUUUGACUCAAAAAUAUAGGCAUUUGUGGGUUCAAUGCGAAAAUUGUUAUGGAUUAAAUUAUAAGAAACUUUUGAAGUCCAAAAUGAAUAUUUGUGACCAAUGUGGAUAUCAUUUGAAAAUGAGUAGUUCAGAUCGAAUCGAGCUUUCGAUUGAUCCAGGUACUUGGGAUCCUAUGGAUGAAGACAUGGUUUCUCUGGAUCCUAUUGAAUUUCAUUCGGAGGAGGAACCUUAUAAAGAUCGUAUUGAUUCUUAUCAAAGAAAGACAGGAUUAACCGAUGCUGUUCAAACAGGCACAGGUCGACUAAACGGUAUUCCCAUAGCAAUUGGAGUUAUGGAUUUUCAGUUUAUGGGGGGUAGUAUGGGAUCCGUAGUAGGCGAGAAAAUCACCCGUUUGAUCGAGUACGCUACCAAUAAAUUUUUACCUCUGAUUCUAGUGUGUUCUUCCGGAGGAGCACGUAUGCAAGAAGGAAGCUUGAGCUUGAUGCAAAUGGCUAAAAUAUCUGCUGCUUUAUAUGAUUAUCAAUCCCAUAAAAAGUUAUUCUAUGUAUCAAUCCUUACAUCUCCUACUACUGGUGGGGUAACGGCUAGUUUUGGGAUGUUGGGGGAUAUCAUUAUUGCCGAACCGAAUGCUUAUAUUGCAUUCGCAGGUAAAAGAGUAAUUGAACAAACAUUGAAUAAGAUAGUACCUGAAGGUUCACAAGCGGCUGAAUAUUUAUUUGAUAAGGGCUUAUUCGAUCCAAUUGUACCACGUAAUCCUUUAAAGGGUGUUCUGAGUGAGUUAUUUAAGCUUCACGCUUUUUUUCCUUUGAAUUAAAAUUCACUUAUUAAGUUAAGUAGAGCCUUAAGUCAAAUUAUUUUUAUUUAAUUUAGUUACAUUUUUGUAUUUGUAGCGAACAAUUAGAUAGUUUAUCGGAAUCAAAGUAAAAAUUCUAAGGAAGAAUUUCUUUUUUCUUUGGUGACAUAAUCAUAAUAUUUAAUUGUAAAUUGUAUAAAGAAUCGUGCGGAUAAUUCUUUUUUUUAUACCGAUAUUACUGAUUAUUAAUUAGGAAACCUCUAUCUCUAUCAACAAGAUAAAAAAAAUGGUUCCUUCUUCGAAAUUCAAAUUGGGCAAGGCAAAUAAAAUAAACCUAAGGUCAUCUUUCCUUCUUGCUUCGUAUGUAUAGUAUAUAUAAUUCAAAUAUAGAAAAUAUAGAUAUAGAGUAUCUUUUCUUUCUACUCUAUCUUCCGAGAAUCUCUAUUUUUACUAAGAAUCCUGUUGUUGGAUUGAAUUCUAACGAAUCCUUCGGGAAUUUGUAAGAAACUCUUUAUUUAUUAAAUAAAAUAAAAAUGAGAAUUCAAUUCUAAUUUUAAGACAAGAAUAGAAUAGAUUAUCAUACGUAUAUUUCUAUAUUUCAUGUAGAAAGAUAAAGAAGAAUAAGUCUCAUUUAUUUAAUUAUCUAUUCCUUGCACUUAUUAUUUAAUAUAUAUACUCACUUAGAUAUACUCAAUCUAAUUAUAUACGAAUUAGAAUUAUUCUAAGAUAUCUUUCUAACAAUAACAGGUACAAAUAUUAAAUCGAGGUACCCAUUCUAUGACAACUCUUAACAACUUACCCUCUCUCUUUGUGCCUUUAGUGGGCCUAGUAUUUCCGGCAAUUGCAAUGGCUUCUUUAUCUCUUCAUGUUCAAAAAAACAAGAUUUUUUAGAUUCGAUAGGUGCAAAUCUUAUCUAUUUUUUUUCAAGACUUAGAUAUAGAUAACACAGAUAUCUAUUUAGUAGUAGUAGAAUAUGGCGGUUUCCUCCGAACAUAGAUCUUAUGUAUGCGUAAAUAUAUGGGUAAAUAAAUUAUAGCAAUUUUCAAAUAGAUCGGAAUCGAGGUGGAUGUAUGAAAUGUAAAGUCAAUGUAUCUAUAUGUGGAUAUCUAUAGGAGAUCAUAGAAAAGGGAUAUUCUUAUUUUAGACCUAACCAAUUGGAUCUAACCAAUUAGAUGAAUUACUCCUAAAGGGUUACAUUCGAAUGAUGCUAGUUGAUGAGAGUUACUUCGGAAACAAAAAAAGGAAAGUCAAAUUCAUUUGGACUAUUUUCUCAAUUCCAAUAAAAUGCAACUGGAUCUAGUAUGAGUUGGCGAUCAGAACAUAUAUGGAUAGAACUUAUAGUGGGGUCUCGAAAAAUAAGUAAUUUCUGCUGGGCCUUUAUCCUUUUUUUAGGUUCACUAGGAUUCGUAUUAGUUGGAUCUUCCAGUUAUCUCGGUAAGAAUUUGAUAUCUUUAGUUCCCUCUCAACAAAUUCUUUUUUUUCCACAAGGGAUCGUGAUGUCUUUCUACGGUAUCGCAGGUCUCUUUAUUAGUUCCUAUUUGUGGUGCACAAUUUCGUGGAAUGUAGGUAGUGGCUAUGAUCGAUUCGAUAGAAAAGAAGGAAUAGUGUGUAUUUUUCGUUGGGGAUUUCCUGGAAAAAAUCGUCGCAUCUUCCUACGAUUUCGUAUGAAAGAUAUUCAGUCCAUCCGAAUAGAAGUUAAAGAGGGUAUUUAUGCUCGUCGUGUCCUUUAUAUGGAAAUCAAAGGACAGGGGGCCGUUCCCUUGACGCGUACUGAUGAGAAUUUGACUCCGCGUGAAAUUGAGCAAAAAGCCGCCGAAUUGGCCUAUUUCUUGCGCGUACCGAUUGAAGUAUUUUGAAAUGAACUUGAACUGAAGAAGAAAUUCUUUCCCAUCGGCAGGGAAAAAAUUCAAGAAUUCUCUUUUCUUUCUUCAGCAUAGCAUAGCUUAAUAAAGUUUUUUCAGAACGUUCAUUCGAUCCAAAGUAGACGUAUAUGGAACAUCCAUAAAACGAAACUUUUUUUGUCCGCAUAAAAAAUGAUUUAUGCGUAUGGAAAUCCACUCAACUCAAUUCAGUAAAAAACAAGUAAAAGUAACAAAUCGAAAUAAAAUAAUAGAUUCAUCUCGUAUAUCAAAACAUUUCGGAAUAAAGGAUUUCUCUUUUUAUUUUCAAUAUGAAUUGAUAGGUUAGAUACAAAUAGAUCAUAUCUUGUAAAUGCUCUCUCCUUUCUUUUGUCAAUCGACCUUUCUUUUUUUUUUAUCUUUUCUUUUGUGUUUCUUAAUGAUCAAAGGCAAAGGACUGCUUGUAUCUCUUAUAAGGAUAACUUUUCUGUCUUGUUUUGCCACUCAUUUUUGAUCAUUAGUUUUUGAAUUUGUGAUCGUUAGAUCAGAAUAUUCUUCAUAAAUCUCGCUCCAUUUUUCCUGGACUAUAACUGUGGGUAGCCGGCCAUUUUUUUUUCGAAAGAUUUUCUUUUUUGAUAGAAAGGACAAGGGGAGUUCUUUUGGCUUGAAAUCCGAAUAAUAUUCAUUACUUGCUUGAAUUGGUUGGUUCUUUCAAGCAUUCAUCGAAAAGGGCUUCGAAUUUGAUCAAUUCAAUUGAGGUAUCUGGAAACAAUAUUUUUUCUUAUUUCUUCAUUCGAAACGGGCUCUUAUUCUAUUUCUGUAUUCUUUCUAAAUUCAAGGACUCAUUACUAAAUCACAAAUAAAAAACAGGGAAUAGAUUCAUAGGUCCGAUGCCUUGGAAUAGAACUUAGGGUUAAUAGAAAUAGUAGAUCACAUAGAUUCAACAAAUGAGGUGGGUUCAUUAACAAUUCAAAGAUGAAAAAAUGGCAAAAAAGAAA